GGUGGCGAAAGCGUGGGCUUCGGUUGCGCUAAAAAUAUCUAUGGGAUUUAUCCUCUCCUACGUGUACGAGGCACCGUCGGUUUUAUCGCCUCUGCUGCCGCCACGUCUCCAAUUUUUCUCUCUCUCCCGAGAAUCACUGUACGAAUUGCAAUCCAUAUAAUAAUAUAACACAGCUCCAACUUCCAACCCAACACAACACGGAGAAAUCCAAAGCCAAAGAAAAAAAAAGUUAAAAGAAUAUUGUACUUGUGCAGGCAGAUGAGACACCACGACGGCGACAUGGAGCUGGAUUUAGGUUUGUCGAUCGGCGGAAGUUUGAGAAGGUUACCGGAGACGACGACUUCUGGUUCUUCGUUGACGUUGAUUAGCGACGGAGAUGAAGAGAGCGGAGUUACCGAUGCGAAGGCGAGAGGCGAGAUCCAGGCGGUGCGGCGGCGGGAGGCCAAGAGGAAGCGGGAGGAGAAGCGCCACCGGAGAGCACAACAACAACAACCUCAGAAUCCGCCAUUCAAGAAAGGGAAACAAGAAGCUGCAGCUUUAGGAUCUCAUUCUCAAUGCAAUGUGGAUCAUCCUCCGCUCCAAAUGCCCUACACCUACUACGUCCCCUUUCUCAAUGGCUAUGCGUUUCCCUGCGUGGUGCCCUACUGGUCCGCCGCCGCCGCUGGUGCCGACCAUCACCCGGUGCCCUGCCGCAGCUUCGGGCCGUUUCAGACGAAUCAAAAUGUUGCUGAUGCUGCUUUGUCUAAUGGAUGCCAGAGCUGGAGCAAGAGUACAAAAUCUGCUUCUGGUUCUAGUGGAUCCUCUGUCUGUAGUUCCUCUGUCAUUUCUGAUCAUUAUCACAGCUCUUCGUCUCAUGAAGGAGGUGACAGCAGCAGCUAUACCCGGCGCAAUUCAAGUAAUUCCUCAUCAGACGGACACCAAAUGACUCAGCCGAACCCGAAUGAUCCUAAGAACGAUAGCCCUUCCUCAGAUCUUGUUAAACCAGAUCCUUGUGUUGACAACAGAACACAAUGUCCAGAAAAAUCUGUUCAGUCCCAUGUCUCCAAAAGCGGCGUAAGAACAACAAUCAAGAAAGAACCCAUCGCAUCAAACAAAGAUGAUGAGGUGGUGGAGCCAUCAACCAAACCUGUUUCGAGUUCCCUAAAGUCGUCUCCCCCAAUGUCACUCAAAAACAGAAAUAUGGAGAAUGGGAAACCUCCGAAGCCUCAGAUUCAAACCCGCAACAUCCCAAGCCUUCAGCAAAUGCCCUGCGUUUCGACGACCGGUGUCGGUCCGAAUGGGAAAACCAUCACUGGCUUCUUGUACAAAUACUCCAACUUGGAGGUCAGUAUUUUAUGCGUCUGCCAUGGAGAAUCCUUUGCACCAGCCGAGUUCGUGAAGCACGCCGGGGGCGCUGAAGUUUCGCACCCUUUGAGACACAUUACUGUUCUCCCAACUAAUGUAAUCCCAUCUGCAAUCAGAUGAAAGCAUAACAUGUGAUCAGAUCUUUACAACUUUUAACAUUUUUUUUCUUGGUAUUGAGCCAUGGGGAUUGAGGAGAGCUACAACAAGCCCCUCAUGUUAUGGUUUUGUGCCUUUAUUUUAGAUGACAUUUUCAAAUUGCAUCAAUAUAGAGUUAAUACGCUCAUCACAACAA